AACAAAUAGAGAAGUGUAAAAGGAAGGAUGUUGCAUUAGAGCUGCUAACACUCUUGCCGUAUGUGAGAGAAAGGCGUAGCAAAGGCGACUUAUCAGUAAAUAUGCCGCGGAUUAUUUUGCUUUUCUUCUGCUGGAUGGUCAGAAUUGCAUCAGGCUGCAGUCUGCAAGAUACGAACAGUAUUAAAGUCACUAAAUAUCCUGGUGAAUAUGUUCUCCUGCCGUGCUCCUGUGCUAAUCUCCAGGAUGAACCUCACCACUUAAGAUGGAUGAAAAACACACACCAACUGAUUUAUCCCACCAAAUCUCACCUCCCGGACAGGAUUCACAUGUUUAAUCAGGAAUCUCCAGGAAAUCUCUCCCUGCUCAUAUCAGACCUGACUAAAGAGGAUGAGGGAAACUACAGGUGUGAGGGCUGGACCUCCAGCUACAGAGACAUCACACUUAGAGUUGAAGAAUGCUCUCUAAUGGAAAAGAACACAAGAUUUGAGAUUGUGAAAAGCUCAGGAGAAUCUGUGCUGCUGCCCUGCUCCUGUUCUCCUCUGCAUGUCAAACCUGAGAGUGUGAACUGGGAUGUCUUCAGAUCGAGAGGGUCUCCAAAUGGCUUACCCAUGGAAGUACCCAGUACAAGUGGACCCUAUAGAGGCAGAGUUCAGAUGUUUAAGCAUCUUUCACCAGGAAAUGCUUCUCUGCUCAUAUCAGACCUGACUGAGGAGGACCAGGGAAUAUAUAGGUGCUUUCUUAAUAAACAGGUCAGGGAAAUUAACCUCCUUAUUAAAGCAAGCGUGUUGCCAUCUAAAGCACCACCUAAAACACACACACCAGUAACUAAAGAAAAAGACUCAUCGAGGAACGGAGGAACCAAAACACCAUUAUACAUCUUCAUCCUUGUUGCUGUGCUGCCGUUGUUACUGCUGCUGGGAGUGGUCAUAUUCCUGUACAUGAGACACAAAGGCCAAAAAGGGGAAAUUACAAAAUCAGGACAGAUACAAGAGGAUGAGCAAAAGGAUGACACUAGGGUGUACUGCACUGUUCAGGAAACCAGAGAUGACAUGUUCACACGAGUAGAAAACCAGGACGAGGUGACCUACUCAACCGUGAUCCAUAGUAACAAACACAGAGCAGCCCAAGUGGAGAUGGACACAGACGACAGCACAGAAUACGCCAGAAUCAAGAGAACAUGAGCCAAGACACCCUAAUAACCCCUGUGCUACAUGCAAACAUAUUUAUAUUAUAGUGUUUCGGGUUUACCUUUGAGUGUUUCCAACAUUCCAGCAUUUCAAUGUAAUUUGCAAUGUUCACAUCUAUAAUGUUCUAUACUUGUCACGCUGUUAUCACUUUUUGGUAACACUCCAUAAUAAGGUGCCAUAAUAAAUAGCAAACUAGUAAUUACCUAA